AACAGCAAAAGGCUGCAUCCAUCUCUCGAAAUUGCCUAUAUAUACACUUAAGUUGUUUGCUGCCUGGUUAUCUUACUCUCCAGAUAUUCACCCUUUGAAACCAUAUUAUAUAUACACUCUCUUAAUUUGCUAGUAUUUUCUCCUUUGAGGUUCAACAUGACGAUUGUGGAGAUGAACGUGCACAUGGACUGCCCUGGGUGUGAGAGCAAGAUAAAGAAAGCUCUUCAAAAACUAGAUGGAGUGGAUGACAUCUACAUAGACAUGGCAAUGCAAAAGGUUACCGUGAUGGGCUGCGCGGAUCAGAGAAAGGUUCUUAAAACGGUUAGGAAGACGGGAAGAAUGGCCGUGUUGUGGCCGUUCCCGUACAACCCAGAAUACCACGCCUACACAAACUAUUACUACGACCCACAUCUUUACAAACAUGACCAGGGCCAUCCAACGACUAAUUACUACAACCAGAAUCGUUAUGAAUACCAGAGCGAUCCAUCGACUUACUAUAACCAGAACCGUUACGAAUACCAGAGCGAGGCAUCUUCUUACGACGAUCACUACAUGUCACAGCCCACGGCUUUGUCUUCAUACAACGAGCCAUCUACUUAUGAUCACUACAUGUCACAGCCCACGGCUUUGUCUUCAUACAACGAGCCAUCUACUUAUGAUCAUCGCUACAUGUCACAGCCCGCGGCUAUGUCUUCUAAGGCUAUGUCUUCAUACAAUUAUGUCGUUCAUGGCUACAGCGGGCACGACCAUGGGUACUACCGUGCACCACCUCAUUCAACCAUACUUGAUGAUAAGGCCAGGGCCAUUUUCAGUGAUGACAAUACCAAUGCUUGUUCUAUAAUGUGAUAUUUAAGUGUGUUUGAACUUUGGAAAUAAUGUAUAAGUUGUCCCUUUCUCUAUGGAUAUAAAAUUCUGUACAUCAUCUGUAGAGAUAGCUAGCUUUGUUCAUGUAAAUUUCCUCGAAAAUUAGUAGGGGAUAUCCUUUUAAUCUUUGUAUAAGAGACACCAUGUUUUGGCUUUCUACUAA